CUCUCCGCCUCAUUUCACAGCUUCCUCCUAAUUCUCCCUCUUCUAUUGCCUUUAACAUGGCACCAAAGAAAGUAGAGCCCAAGAAAGAGGCAAAUAAAGCAGGUACAUCUGAACCGGAGAAGCCCAAGGAACCUGACUUUGACCCAAAGAGCAUUGCAAUUGAGUUCACUGCAGAACAGAUUGAAGAGUUUAAAGAGGCCUUCAUGCUGUUUGAUAGAACACCUAAAGGAGAAAUGAAGAUCUCUUACGCUCAGUGUGGAGACGUGAUGAGAGCUUUGGGUCAAAACCCUACCAAUGCUGAGGUCAUGAGGGUGCUGGGUAAACCCAAACCUGAAGAAUUGAACACCAAGCUCAUGGAUUUUGAGACCUUCCUGCCCAUGUUUCAGCACGUAUCCAAGUCAAAGGACCGCGGCACGUUCGAGGACUUUGUGGAAGGGUUGCGUGUCUUUGACAAAGAAGGAAAUGGCACUAUAAUGGGAGCAGAGCUUCGCCAUGUUUUACAGACAUUAGGGGAGAAAAUGACAGAAAAUGAGGUCGAACAAGUCUUAGCAGGACAAGAAGACGCUAACGGCUGCAUCAACUAUGAAGCUUUUGUUAAAUACAUCAUGUCUGGAUAAAUUUUAAUAUCACAGACAAAGCAUUGGAGUUACGGAUUUGUCAGUCCUGAGGUGUCUGGAACCCAGAAGAAAUUGGAGAACAAAUCUAUUCAUACAAUUUUUGUUACCCCCAAUAUCUUUUUUUUUUAAAACUAUUUAUGUAAUGUUCUUGGUGUCUUGAAUAAAUCGUUCAAAUAAA